AGAUCACGGCCUGGGCGUCGCUCUGUGCUGCUGCGUAGGAAACAAACCAAACAGCACUUCAACCAGAGAGUCUGGAGGUGUCUGUUACGUAAACUAAAACUCAAUAUAAACCAGGAAAAAAUGCAUUCAGUCACCCUGGAAAGCAGCGGCUCGCCAAAGAAACGGACAUUUUCUAGAGGAAUCAGCGAGGAUGAGUCGCUCCGCAGCAUCAUAAAGGAGACUGAGAGCUCAUCCAGGAGGCUGAACCGGAGCGACAGCCGAGCAGGAACCCUGAAAAAGAGGAGUGACAGCCAGCAAUCUGACCAGGACCUCUUCAUGGGGCUCCCAGAAAUGCUGGAGCUGCAGGCCAGCUAUGACGAGGCGGUGCAGGAGCUGCGUGGGCUGGAGGUCGAGCGAGAAGCUCUGUUGUUCCAGGUGGACGUCCUGCAGGACACGCUGGAGGGUGUAGAGGAGCUGCUGGCUGAAGCCCAGAGGGAAGCUGGACAGGCUAGUUUGGAGCUGGAGCGAGAAAGGGAGGCCAAGAGGAAACUGGAGAGCAUGGUCAGCUCUCUGAUGCAGGAAGUGGAGAGAUUAAAAGAGGAAAGGACUAACAAACCACCUGCUCCAGAGAACAUGAUCGAUGAAGCAGCGAGGCGAGGUCACCAAAUGAAAGAUGAUGCCAAGGAAUUGAUUGAAGUUGCACACAGAGAAGAAAAGGACUCGUCGCUGUGUGAACCCGACGGCAGCAACGGAGACAGGCAGACGACGAAGCUGCGGAGGAUCGUGAGCAAGCCGCUCGGCCACCCGCCUUCUCUUGCACUGGACACCCUAGACUCUGAAGACGGCGUCCACCAGAGGCCUUACGAAAACGGCAUCCUGGACGGACGAGAUCCCUCUCCGGACAGGAACGAUUCAGACAGCAUAAGUGCCUACGAAGAUGCAUCUGAUGAGACUCCAGAGCAGGACAGGUUUCCAGAGCUGCCCAACGAUUCAGAGGAUAAAGAAAAAAAUUCGACUAACAACGGUGAGAUCCAAGACCACAAAAACUCUGAUGCCUGCAUUUUGUCUUAACUUUAUCUGUUUUAUCUUCUACUGGGCAAAAAGUCAAAGAUAAUUUCGUGAAAAUCGAGAGUUAUUUAAUUUGCAGUAUAGUAUUUUAGUUGUUGGAAAACUGAGGCCAACAGAAACAUUCACAGUUGCCGAUUAGUCAGUCAAAAGUAUGAAUGAAUCUGCAGCUAUUUUAAUAAUCCAUUAAUCGUUUUAGUAAUUUUUUAAGCAAAAUUGCCAAACAUAUGCUGGUUUGAGCUUCUCAGAUGUGGAGAUUUGAUGCUUUUCUUUGUCAUAGGUGACAGUAGGGGAAUAUCUUUGGGAUUUGGACUGCUGGUGGGACAGAACAAGUAGUUUGAUGUCACUUUAUAACUAAGUCACGAUAGUUUAAUUCAGAAAAUGAUGUGCUUGAUUUAUAAUGAAACAUUGGCUAAUCUGACACUAGUUAGUUGCAAGCCUAGUUGUAAUAAGUUGUAGUAGAAAUGUCAAUUUCCUUUUAAAAAUCACAACUAAAGAAACUCAGGAUCCAGAUAGUUUACUAGCUGGAAUUCCACUAAUGACUACUUUUAUAUUACCUGCCAAUCAUUUCUUUUAAAUCUGUCUUAUCUUAAGUCUUAACUGAUCGUGUUUUAAGAACAGUUUUUGUACACGAGCACUUGCAGGGACACAAAUCAGGAUUUCUCUGUACACAAAACACAGUAAGCUCUGUAGGUACGUAGACAGGGACUGUUGCUGUUUUAGCUUCAAUCAUAGCUACACAUUACAAACACAGCUAGGUUCCUUUUCAAAAUGGGAGAGUACAGUUUCAUUUACUUAGAAAUAACCUCACAUUAGAGUUAUGAUAUUUAAUCUGGCUGUCAUUAGAGUCGAACUCACUGUAAAGCAGGUUUACGUCAUGUGUGACACCGAUCUUUGUAAGCUAUCAUUUCGUACUUGGUAUCAAAGGCAGAUGUUUAUAAGGGUUUAGAAGGGAUGUUUUAUAAUUAAGGGAAAACGCCAUCUGUUUACUGCCUUUAUUUUUUUAUCUUUUAUACUUUCCCUUUUCUCUGUUUUGCUCUGAAAAAUGUAGAGAAGUUGAUUUGGCUGCAUUUGCACUUUUUAAAGUUCUUGUAUUGUGGCAUACCAUACGUUUGUCAGAUUACAUUAGAAACAACAUUCCCUUUAUAACCAAACACAGCAGCGACAAAACGCCCGUCUGACCUGUUGCAGGCGGAAUUCUGUCUGUCUGCAUGGUAAUACUGUAUGUUUGCACAUUUGCAGUGGAUCUUGCUGAAGUUAGUCUCUUAGGAAGUCUUUGAAUGCUGUAAACACUUUAUAUGUAAUCGCAUUUUUGUAUGUUUAUUUUUUACAAUGAUACAUGACUUUUUUUUGGUAGUGCUUGAGACAGCAGUAGACCCUUUCAUGUCUUUUGUGAUAAAUAGUUUGCAUGAACACAUACAAAUGCAUAUUGAUUUCCAAACUGCACAUAAUGCAUUGAUCUGUAUAAUUAAUUGGUACUUUUGCACGCAGUACUUUCACACAUAUAUUAAGUACUACUUUAAUCUGCAAAAAUUGGUGUUUUUAAGAGGUUUUCAGUUGGCAGAUCAUGUAUCGUUCUUUCAAUCUCCAUUUUUUAAAAGCAUAAUCAACAAAUGAUUGCAGUUUGGAACGUAUCAGGUUAGACUGAUGAUUUAAGUGACGAUCACAGUCUUGAUAAAUGAUUCUGCUUCACUGAAGACAAAAGCAGAACAAUACAAUAUUGGUGCAUAUUGAAACUUGAAAAUGGGUACAACACAUGUAGUUGCUUCAUUCAGCUGUAUAUCAUGUUGUUGGUUUAAAGCAGCAUAUUAGUGUUUGUACAGUGACUCAUUUGCCUUUGUAACUCUUAUCGCACAACCUCAACACAACCCUGUAUUGUUGGCUGCCAAAAUGCACAAAACAUCAGAGGUGGUAUGUUGUUACAGGAGGUUGCUGUUACUGCAGUGCUGUGUGGCGGCACUGUGGUCAAUUCUUUACAUAUUCAUAUCAAAUAACUCGUGAACAUCCACAGUUGCUGGUUGUUUGUCCUCAACAGUUAUCUAUCAACAUGCAUCCUUUAAAUGUCAUAUUCGUUGAUGUGGUCAGCAGACCUUCUGACAAUUCAUCAAGCAAUCAUUCUGUUUUUGGUUUCCAUUUUCACACAACAAUGCAAAAAAAUGUGUCCUGACUGGUAAUUGGUUGCCUUUUGUGGGUCUGAAUAUAUCAGAUUUUGUCUUGAGCUUUGAAUUACAUGUUCAGAUGUAAAAGUAAAUGACAUUUAUAUCCUAAUAAAAUGAGUGAAUAAUGCUGA